AUGAAGACAGUAUCUGCAGCAAUAAAAACAAUACGUCUGAUUAAAAAACCCUCUAUAACCUCGACGACGUCUACAAUGAUGAGUUCAGUCAGUAGUAACAGUUCAUCAGCAGCUUUUACAACAAAUCCAAUCGAAACUCCUUCGCAUCAUCAUCAUCAAUCCAGUGUAAUAAGUCGUUUACAACAUUUAAUCAAUACGUCAUCUACUACACCAAAGUGUCCGCCUCCGCUUCCUAGCGCUAAUACUAUCCUACCUCAGUGUGAUUCAUCACUACCUCAUACUACUAACACUUUUAGUAAUAGUAGUAUAAGUCAUACAACAACAACAACAACUACUACUACUACUACUACUAAUGCUGGAGAAGAUGAUGAGCAUAUUGAAUAUCGUGAAAUUGAUCCAAUCAGUACAAAUGCCUUGGCUAUUGUCACAGAACGAUUUGGAUAG